GAGACAUAUUCAGACAUUUAUAUAAACAGAGGAAUAAAGAUAAUCUACAAUGUCUGGCACCGAGGAAAAUCUUUGUCACCACAUGAAAGUAGUUGUCCGUGUACGUCCUGAAAACAAAAAAGAAAAGGCAGCUGGAUUCCAUAAAGUAGUUCAUGUUUUAGAUCAGCAUAUCCUAGUUUUUGAUCCCAAACAAGAAGAAGUCAGUUUUUUACAAGGAAAGAAAACUAUAAAUCGAGAUAUAACAAAGAGACAAAAUAAGGAUCUUAAAUUUGUAUUUGAUGCUGUUUUUGAUGAAACUUCAACUCAGUUGGAAGUUUUUGAACAUACCACUAAACCGAUUAUUCGUAGUUUUUUGAAUGGAUAUAAUUGCACAGUACUUGCUUAUGGUGCUACUGGAGCUGGGAAGACCCACACAAUGCUAGGAUCAGCUGCUGAACCUGGUGUGAUGUAUCUUACAAUGUUAGACCUUUACAAAUCCAUGGAUGAGAUUAAAGAAGAGAAAGUAUGUAGUACUACAGUUUCUUAUUUGGAGGUAUAUAAUGAACAGAUUCGUGAUCUCUUGGUAAAUUCAGGGCCACUUGCUGUCCGUGAAGAUGCCCAAAAAGGUGUGGUGGUUCAGGGUUUGAGUUUACAUCAGCCCAAAUCCUCAGAAGAGAUUUUACAGUUACUAGAUAAUGGAAACAAAAACAGAUCACAGCAUCCCACUGAUAUGAAUGCUACAUCUUCUCGUUCUCAUGCUGUUUUCCAGAUAUACUUGCGGCAACAAGACAAAACAGCAAGCAUCAAUCAAAGUGUUCGUAUUGCCAAGAUGUCACUUAUUGACCUGGCAGGGUCUGAGCGUGCCAGUGCUACAAGUGCUCAAGGCAUCCAGUUUAGAGAAGGCACAAAUAUUAAUCAGUCACUUUUAGCUCUUGGGAACGUCAUCAAUGCCUUAGCAGAUGCAAAGAGAAAGAAUCAGCAUAUUCCUUACAGAAAUAGUAAGCUCACUCGCUUGUUAAAGGAUUCUCUUGGAGGAAACUGUCAAACUAUAAUGAUAGCUGCUAUUAGUCCUUCCUCUGUGUUCUACGAUGACACAUACAAUACUCUUAAGUAUGCUAACCGUGCAAAGGAAAUUAAAUCUUCUUUGAAGAGCAAUGUUCUUAGUCUCAACAAUCAUAUAACUCAAUAUGUAAAGAUCUGUAAUGAGCAGAAGAAAGAGAUUUUAAUGUUAAAAGAAAAAUUAAAAGCCUAUGAAGUACAGAAAGCCUUUGUUGAUAAAAAUAACAAAGCAAAGUUAAUGAUUUCAAGCCCUCAGGAAAAAGAAAUCAAAAGAUUUCAAGAAAUUCUGAACUGCUUGUUCCAGAAACGAGAAGAAAUCAGGCAAGAAUAUCUGAACUUGGAAAUGUUACUAAAAGAAAAUGAACUUAAGAUGUUCCAUGAACAGCAGUGCCAUAAACAAAUAGAAAUGAUGUGUUCUGAAGACAAAGUAGAAAAGGCCACUUGCAAACGAGAUCAUAGACUUGAAAUGUUGAAAACUCGUCGCUGCUACUUGGAAAAGAAAAGGGAGGAGGAAUUGAAGCAGUUUGAUCGCAAUACUAAUUGGCUCCAUUGUGUUGAAAAUGAAAUAAGCUUCUUAGGUCAAAAUGGUCAUACUCCAAAGGAACUCAAAAAAGAUCUUCGAUAUCACCAUUUACACCUACAAACCAAAGAUUUGAAAGCACAAAUUAAGCAUAUGAUGGAUCUAGCUAGUCUUCAGGAACAGCAAUAUAGGCAGACUGAGAUAGUAUUGAAUACUUUACUUCCAGCCUUCAGAAAACAGUAUUGUGCAUUAAAAGAAGCUGGUCUGUCAAAUGCUGCUUUUGAGUCUGAGUUCAAAGCAAUUCAACAUUUAGUUGAGAGGAAAAAAAUGGUGGCUUGGGCUGACCAAACUACUGAACAUCCACAGCAAAAGAGUCUAUCGUGGGUUUCUGUUCUUAUGACCUUUCCACAACUUGGACCAGUUCAGUCUGCUUGUUGCACAUCUUCAAAUGAAUCUAAUCCAUUUACAAUUCCUCCACAAAAAAGAACUCGAAGAAAACUAAUGCCUUCUCCCUUGGAAGCAAAAAUUGUCCAAAAGUCUAUGCUAUCUGAAAGUAUUCAGCUCAAUGAUUCUUUCAGCAAAGAACUUCAGCCUAUUGUAUAUACUCCAGAAGACUGCAGAAAACUUUACCAAACUCCAUCUAGUGGGACCCUAGUAAAACCAUCAUCACAUACUAUGAAUUUUUAUGCAGUCAGCUCAAAUAUAAACAGUAAUAACUCUCUGAAAAUGUUAUGUGAGGUAGAUACACCCUUUCGUAAGAAAACAGAAUGUGGACGGGGGGAUUUGGACUCUACAUUUACCGUAUGUGAAGAUAUCAAGAGCUUGAAAAGUGAAUUACCUGACAAAGAAUCACUGCCAAACCACAGUAACAUUUCACAACGGCUUGACCCUUCACUCCAAACUAGACAGUCUUUGGCUAUACCAAGCAUAAUGCCAUCCUACAUGGCAAUGACUGCAGCCGCCAAACGGAAGCGGAAAUUAACAAGUUCUGAAUCAAAUACUUCAUUAACUGCUUCAGUAAAUUCUGGACUUGCCAAACGUGUUCGACAGGAUAGUUCAAGUGAUAAACAUUUACAAGAAAACAGAUCAACAAUGGAAUAUAAAAGAAACAACCAUAAAAUAGAUUCAAGCUUGGUUAGAAAAUUUGGAAGAAGCAUUUCAAAAGGAAAUCUAAGAUAAGUUCCUUCAAAAUUAAAGAAAAUGAAAUUGAUUAAACCUGAUUUUAAAAAAUGUUUGUUGUCAGUGCUCUUUCAGAAACAUAUUCUUUCCAAAAAGACUGUCUUAAAACUAGGUUUCCCCAAAUACCUCAGCAAGCAGAAAAUGAAUAUCU